AUGAGUGAUUCAAUAGAAAAUCCUACAACUCAAGAAAUAAAAUUACAGCAGGACAUUUUAGAACUGAAAACUAUACGAGUGUUCUCUGGAACCUUCAAUGUUAGCGGACAAGACGUUACAGAAUCUCUUUCACCUUGGCUCCAAUGUGAUUAUGAUAUCGAUAUUUAUGCCAUUGGAUUUCAAGAAUUAGAUCUGAGUGUAGAAGCGUAUUUGGUAUAUGAUGGUACGAGAGAAUCUAAUUGGACUACCGCUGUUUUGCAAGCUUUAGGUGAUAAAGCUGAUAAUUAUUGGAAGAUCAUGUCAAAACAACUGAUCGGAAUGCUUCUUAUAGUCUUAGUGAAAAAAGUACAUGCGCCAUACGUUAAAGAGAUCAAAUCCGAUUGUGUCGGUGUCGGCUUAAUGGGCAUGAUGGGUAACAAAGGUGGGGUAGCUAUUCGAUUCCGAUUUUAUGAUUCAUACCUAUGCUUUGUAAAUUGUCAUUUAGCAGCUGACCCUAAUGGACUCGAAAGAAGGAAUCAGGAUUAUUUGGAUAUCUGUCAGCGAAUCACUUUUCCUAUUAAUAUGAGUGAAGGUUAUUCAUCAUUAUAUGGUUGGGUUGGUGAUUAUAUACCCCCAUAUGCCAAAAAUGCAGUUGCUGGUAUGGGAGGGAUGGUAGGUAUUAGUGGAAAUACAAGCACAGCGCCUAACGAUAAUAAAGUAGGUGCGGGUCAGGUUAUGCCCAUAUUUGAUAACGAUCAUUUGAUUUGGAUGGGAGAUUUAAAUUAUCGAAUAGACAUGUUAUCAGAACCUGAGGUAAAAUCUAUGUUGGAAGGAAAUAAGACAAAAUUAUUAUUGAAGUUUGAUCAGUUGAACAUCCAAAGAGAUAAAAAACAAGCAUUUAAUGGAUUUGAAGAAGGAGAAAUCACCUUUCUUCCUACUUAUAAGUAUGAUUUUGGAACAAAUGAAUGGGACACUAGCGAAAAGAAAAGAACUCCUGCAUGGACGGAUAGAAUAUUAUGGAGAAGUCAGGAUAAUGAAUGGUGUAAAUUACUCCGAUAUAAAAGUCAUAUGAAAAUUGCAUUAAGUGAUCAUAAGCCUGUGAGUGCAAUUUUUGAAUUGAAGAUUAAAAUAUGUGCGAGGGAUGAUUGGAUCAUAUUAAAAGAUAACAUGUAUGAACAGCAUACAGAAGUAAAUAAUAUUCCGACAAACUUAAUACAGGAGAGAGAGAAGAAUGCUGAAUGA